GCCCGCGGGCGACGGGGUGGCGGCGGGCGGGGGCGCGCGCGGCAGGAGGAGGGGGCGCGCGCUUCCCGGAACAGCCCGCGCUGAGGGAAGAGAGGAAGAAAAUAAAACCCGCGGCCGGAGCCAAAGCUGGAGCUGCCGCCGCCGCCGUCUGGAGCUCCCCCGCGCGGACAAUGCCCGCGAUGCCCGCACGGGGCUCAGGGCGGUGAGGCCCGGGGCGCGGGGUAGCUAUGGCGACAGGGAGCGCGGCCCGCGGCGCCGCCUGACAGGUGUGGGGCCCCGGCGGCGGCGGCGGCGGCGGCAGUGCGGAGCAGCAUGUACGCCAAGGGGGGCAAGGGCUCGGCCGUGCCCUCCGACAGCCAGGCACGAGAGAAGCUGGCGUUGUACGUGUAUGAGUACCUGCUACACGUUGGUGCCCAGAAGUCAGCCCAGACCUUCCUGUCUGAGAUCCGAUGGGAGAAGAACAUUACGCUGGGGGAGCCCCCGGGCUUCCUGCAUUCCUGGUGGUGCGUGUUCUGGGACUUGUACUGUGCAGCGCCCGACCGCAGAGAGGCGUGUGAGCACUCGAGCGAAGCCAAGGCUUUCCAGGACUACAGUGCUGCAGCGGCCCCAAGCCCGGUGAUGGGGAGCAUGGCCCCCAGUGAUGCAAUGGCAUCAGGCCCCAUGGCACCCGGCUUCUUCCAGCCCUUCAUGUCACCGCGGUUCCCAGGGGGCCCCCGGCCCACCCUGCGGAUGCCGAGUCAGCCUCCCGUGGGCCUCCCCGGCUCCCAGCCCCUCCUCCCUGGCACCAUGGAGCCCUCCCCGCGAGCUCAGGGGCACUCAAGCAUGGGCCCCAUGCAGAGGGUGACGCCUCCCCGGGGCAUGACCAGCGUUGGGCCCCAGGUAAGGGCUGGCCCAGGUGACUGGGGAGCUUCAGGGGCUGCCCCCGCUAAGCCUGCACUCACGGCCCCUUUGCCUUCGCAGAGCUACGGAGGAGGUGGCAUGCGGCCCCCACCUAACUCUCUUGCUGGCCCCGGCUUGCCCACCAUGAACAUGGGCCCCGGAGUGCGCGGCCCAUGGGCCAGCCCUAGUGGCAACUCGAUCCCCUACUCCUCCUCCUCCCCUGGCAGCUACUCGGGACCCCCAGGAGGAGGCGGGCCCCCUGGAACCCCCAUCAUGCCUAGCCCUGGAGACUCCACCAACUCUAGCGAGAACAUGUACACCAUCAUGAACCCCAUCGGGCCGGGCGCCGGCAGGGCUAAUUUCCCGCUUGGCCCUGGUCCGGAGGGCCCCAUGGCCGCCAUGAGCGCGAUGGAGCCUCACCACGUAAACGGAUCCCUGGGCUCGGGCGAUCUGGACGGGUUGCCGAAGAGCUCCCCCGGCGCUGUGGCCGGCCUGAGCAACACCCCGGGCACCCCGCGGGACGACGGCGAGAUGGCGGCCGCCGGGACCUUCCUGCACCCGUUCCCGAGCGAAAGCGUAAGCGACUGCGUCGACUCCCCCCCCGCGGCGGCGUCGGGCCGGAGGGGCCUGGCGGGCAGACCCCGGCGGGGCGGCCGGGGGGCCAGAGCAAGACCGUGACCGCGGCGGGCCAGUACUCCCCCGGGAUGACCAUGAGCGUGUGAUGGGGCCGCAGACCCUUGCCCACUGCCGGCCUCGGCUUCUGCCCAGCGCCCCUGCCCGGGGCCACGGUCCAGGGGCUCGGGUGGUCCGCAGGGUGAGGGUCUGAGGUCACACCGCGGGCAACUGGACUCCCAGUCAAGGCUUGGAUGGCUGGGAGGCCCCGCACCAAGGACUCAUUCAUUUUAUAUAUAUAUAUAUAUAUAUAUAUAUAAACGAACACACAAGGACCUCAGAGAUGUUCUUUCCUGUUUGGGCCCUUCCCGUCAUUUCUAUUUUGUCCUGGGGGGCGCUCCUUGGGGGACCUUCCUUUCCCCUGGACAGCAGGGGUGGGCCCCAUCAAUAAAUGUAACUUGAUUUUG